UGGCAGGCUAAUGGAGGGUUUCAGUCUCAUUCAUUCAACACACAGCUAGUCCUCGGUGACUGAGAGAGGAACUCCCACUUUAUGCCAUGAGAGACUCCAGAAGAGAUAAAACACGACUCAGUAGAUAAAAGCUUUAUUGGACUUUAGUAUGCAGAAAAGAGGGCUGUUUUAAGGGAAAGGACUCCCCCACUGUAAGCAAUAUCCCCAUUCCCCACGCCUCCCACACACACAGCUUCCUCUCUACUGAUUGUCUUGUUUCCACACACUCAUCUGAACGCACUUUAGGCACGGGACAGCAUGACUAGCGGAUACAAGGACGGGGCACCUGAAGAGGACUACGCUCACUCACCGUUCAUCAGGAAACAGGGGAACAUUUACAAACCAAAUAAUAAAGAAAUGGAUAACGACAGCAUCAACGAAAAGACACUUCAGGAUGUCCACACCAAAGAGAUUGACCUGGUCAACCGGGACCCAAAGCAUUUAAAUGCCGAUGUGGUGAAGGUGGACUUUGAGGACGUGAUCGCCGAGCCUGCUGGCACCUACAGCUUUGACGGCGUGUGGAAAGCGAGCUUCACCACCUUCACAGUAACCAAAUACUGGUGCUACAGGCUGCUGACGGCCCUGGUGGGCAUCCCGCUCGCCCUGGUAUGGGGCAUCUUCUUCGCCAUCCUCUCCUUCAUCCACAUCUGGGCGGUGGUGCCUUGCGUGAAGAGCUACCUAAUCGAGAUCCACUGUGUCAGUCGAGUCUACUCCAUCUGUGUGCACACCUUCUGCGACCCGCUCUUCGAAGCCAUGGGAAAGUGCUUCAGCAGCGUCCGGGUCACCACCACCAAGGUGGUGUAAGGACAGGCAGAAGGAAAAGAGCCAGAGGGAUUGGGUGGGGUGGGGGAAUGGAAACCAAUGUCCGAUGCAGGAAGAUAAAACAAAUGUAACCUCUCUAAAAAAGAGGGCAAAGAAAAAGUGAACAGAGAUGGAGGGUUGCACUGUAUUUAGGUGGCCCUUAGAUAAGACUCUCCUCUCCGUCUCUGUCCUGUCCAUGAGCUUUGUCUUCUCUCAGCUUUGGAGUCCUUGGGGUAUAGGGGAUGUGUGUCAAAAAUGCUCAUUUUUUGUCAUUUGUUAGCAUUUAUCACCGUUGGAAUGACUUUUAAAGGAGAAGUUAAUGCAAAAAUGUAAAUUCUGUUAUUUACUUACCCUCGUGUCAUUCCAUGAUCAUCGUUCCGAAACCACCGUAAAAGUGAUCCAUGUGACUUGUGCACAAGUCUACUGUAGUCAUGUGAUAUGAAAUAUAGAGGAUGAGUCAUAUUAACCACUUUUAUGGUACUUUAAUGGUGCUUUUUUUGGAGUUUGACAGUAGUCAAUAUCAUUA